UUUCGUUACAAAUAACCAUUUGUAUUCAGUAUUUCAGUCGUCACUUGUCACUAAUAAUUAUCUUCUACUGUUGUCUUCUGGUUUCUACUGUACGUACUAUAAGUUAUAAUAAUAUUAUAAUGUUACAUCUUAUAUUAUAAUCUGUGAUCUUAAAUUGUCGUUUUGGAAAAAUGAUAAUGAAUACAGAAUUUUGAAUGCAAAAGAUCCAGCAUUCAGCAACUAUUUCAAUAAAUUGUAGGCGUAGUUUUUGCUAAAAAAAGAGCAUGACAAUAUAAACUAUUUAAAAAGUAAUAAAGUAGUUAGUUAUAGUCUUUAUUAAACUUGCUGGGCGUAGCUUCUAAGGUGAUAAUAUUAAAUUAGUUUUAUUAUACGAGUAGUUGAAUCAUUUGAAUCUAGUUCAGCAACUGACUUUAGUAUUGCAUUAUAAUCAUGUACAUUUUGGAAAAUUUCUACAAAGCAUUGCGAUUGUUUGUCCGAACCCAUGUGGAUCUUGACAUUGACAUUAAAUUGCCAAUGAUGAAACACCACAUUAACGGUCACAUCCGUUUCUAUUCAACUAAAGACUUACAAAACAUUGUUGAAAAGUUAAUGGAGGACUUGACAAUUGUCGAACGAUGCUCGUGGUCUUCAGAUUAUACAUCAAUAUGGUUAAAAAAAGAAUUAUGGACAUCCACAGUGAUGAAAGAGAUAAUAAUAACUGGCUGUAAAUAUGGUAGCAAUGAUGAUCACCAAAGCACUGUAGUCUCAGUCAGUUCUGAUGAGUGUAACGAUUCAGUUACAUGCUUACGCAUUGCACUAUUGAAAGAAGCAGUUCAAAAUUUAGCCAAAAUAAAUGGCUAUACGAUAGGAAGUAAUGGACUGCAUUUAUUGGUGUCGAAAAAAAACAAUCCAUACAACAGUAAUCUUGUAUUGUGUGGUAAUGUUGUUUGUAAUGUGACAGCCAAACAGUAUAAACAGCGAAAACAAGAAGCUAUUACUAAAAUGUCUGCUAAUCGUAUUGAAUCCGACGAAUAUCCAAUUGAUAUCAUUUCAAAACUAUGCCAUGUUUCAAUUGUCUAUGAAUUAUUAAGUGUCCGUCAUUGUAAAGUUAUUAAUACAGAAUGUGAUACAUCAAAUAAAGACAGUGGUAUUUUCAUAAUGUACAAUUAUUCAAGGCUGUGUCAAGUAUGGAAAGCGUAUGAAAAAGGUGUUAUUGAAAAUUACUAUGAACCUUUACCAGACAUUGGUUCCGUUAACUUUGGAUUGUUGACUAGUAAAGAAGAAUGGAUUUUAAUCUUUAACCAUUUAUCAGUGUGUCCUUCGGUUAUUCAACAAUCUGUUGAACACUUGUUGUCAGCAAAUGUGGAUGUCCAUAGAUUGUGCAAGUUUUUGAUGGAAAUGUCAUCUGCGGUUAGCCUAUUUUAUCAUAGGCAUCAUAUUUUAUCAGACCCGAUUUCAAGUUUAUUACCGCUGAUGUAUGCUCGAUUAUAUUUGGUCAAAUCGACAAUACAGGUGUAUGAAAAUGUUUUCCAAUUAUUAGGUAUCGAAGCUGUACGCGAAAUGUGAAUGGUACUUUGACAAAAUCGCUAUUGAAGCUAAUGCUGACCAAUUGUCAUGAAAUAAUACUAUAUUGCCAAACUUAACCAUAUCGUUAUAAAUUUAUGACUUGUUUAGUCAAUUUUAUUAUGUUACAUAUACGAUAUACCUAUAAUACAAUAUGAAAUUGUU